AUGUCAAACCACCCCUCUCCCUUCCACCACCACACCCAUCAAAGUCCCCGAGACCGCUCCACCUCCAUCCUCUCCUACAACGAAGCUACUAGCACUGCUCUCGAACCCAUCGAUCAUACCUCCCAGCAUCGCACACACAUCACCGUCGAUGAAGAAGGCCAACCUCCUCCGCGAUACACAUCUGAAAAUGACCCCUUUCAACUCGCCUCCAAGCUGAAAUCCAGCGAGGAGAUCCAGAAAAUGGCUCGAGAGAAACAAGCCAACACCUCCCGCAAACGCGGCAGCUGCAACCCCGUCGCCAUAGCCAGCAAAACACCCAAACUGGCUUCCCUCACCUCGAGACACCUCGAGGGCUUCUACCACACACAGAAUGAAAACAUCGAGCGCAUGCUCAAACCAGUCGAGGAACACGUCCGCGCCGCCAAAGAACUCAACACCAACAACCAGCUCAAGUACCGUAUCGCCGUCUACGGCAGUUUCGCAGCAAAUGUCGUCCUGGCCAUCCUCCAACUCUACGGUGCCAUCGCCUCCGGCUCUCUCUCCCUGUUCACCACCAUGGCCGACGCCAUCUUCGACCCCAUGUCCAACCUCACCUUGCUUCUCUGCAACAAGGCCGUCAACCGCGUCGACCCCCGCAAGUUCCCCGCUGGCAAAGCCCGCAUCGAAACAGCAGGUAACAUCUGCUUCUGCUUCCUCAUGACAGCCGUGAACUUCAUCCUGAUCGCCUUUUCCGCCCGUGAACUCAUCGAGGGCUCCGACAAAGCAACUGGCUCUUUCCACCUCCCCUCCGUCAUCGCCGUCUGUGUCGCCUUCUGCACCAAGCUCGCCCUCUUCUUAUACUGCUGGGCGCUCCGCAACCAGGUCUCCCAGGUCCGCAUCCUCUGGGAGGACCACCGUAAUGAUCUCUUCAUCAACGGCUUCGGUAUCUUGACUUCCGUCGGUGGAAGUAAGCUCCGUUGGUGGAUCGAUCCUAUGGGCGCUAUUCUGCUCUCCGUGCUCGUCAGCGCCCUGUGGUUGAAGACUGCUUAUUCCGAGUUCCAGUUGCUCGUCGGUGUUACUGCCGAUACUAAGAUGCAGCAGUUGAUUACUUAUAUCUCAAUGACUCACUCCCCCUACAUCACAGCCAUUGACACUGUCCGUGCUUACACCUCCGGCCCUCGUCUGCUUGUCGAGGUCGACAUCGUCAUGGAGCCUGAAGAAUCUCUGCGUGCUACCCACGAUGUUGCCGAAGAGUUGCAGAUGAAACUCGAGUCGCUGCCUGAUGUCGAGCGGGCAUAUGUCCACGUCGACUAUGAAACAACCCACAAACCGGAACACUUCUUGAAGAAAGAAUUGUAA